UGUUCAACUGAUUCCAGCUGAGAGGUGACAGCCAAAUUACUACUGCUUAAUUGGGCCCCAAGGUCAACGCUAGAGCAACGAAAAAGCGCUUCAGGUGGACACAGGAGCACUUUUCUUAUCCUCAGGAGAAGAAAUGAAAAUUCCAUGUCGGACAUGACAUCAGAAGAGAGGUGUCAUGAAGUUUCGGAGGAAGACGAUCAACAAGCAGAUACUGUGAUUAAAGUAAAUCACAAACCUCCGCCCGAUGGAGGGUGGGGAUGGGUCGUUUGUCUCGGAGCAUGGAUUGUGAAUUUCUUAACAGUAGGGCAGCAGAAUGCAGCCGGUGUGGUGUACUCGGCGCUUUUGAACGAAUAUUCCACAAAAAGAGGGGAAACAGCUUGGGUUGCCUCGCUGGCGUCCAGUAUGAUGUAUCUGUUCGCUGCUGUGGGCACCUCUCUCGCUGAACGUUUCGGAAGCCGAUUGGUUGUCAUCAUUGGAUCUUUCGUCUCAGCUUCAGGCCUCCUUGCCAGUUCCUUCGCAACAACGCUCACACCCCUGUAUGGAAGCUACGGAAUUAUAUGGGGUCUGGGAGCAAGUCUGGGCUUAUUUCCCUCGCUCGUGAUACUAACAACGUACUUCAGGAGGCGCCUUGCCCUUGCAUCUGGGAUGGCUCUGGCAGGAGCUGCGUGUGGCACCCUAGUAUAUGGGCCCGUGAUACAACUCCUUGUAUCAAAGUACGGGAUUUCAGUUACAUUUCGGAUUCUUGCCGCCGUUCAGAGUUUAAUGUUUAUGAGUGGAUUGAUAUUUCGGCCUGUGGAGAGCCAUAAAGCCUGCCGAGACAGACAAAGAGAAAACAACGGCAACAUUUUCAAGAACAAAGCGUACGUCAUCUGGGUUGCUUCGCUUUGUGUGUUCAUGCUUGUGUUUCUCGUGCCUUUUGUUCACUUGGUUCGCUUUACAGAGGACAAAGGCAUCAACACGACCAAAGCCUCUCUUCUAACAGGUUAUAUGGCCUUUGGAGGACUUACGGGAAGUAUCGCCUUUGGCAUUGCAUGCAAUCAUCCGAAAUUCAACCGCCUCAAGGUCUGCCAGCUCUCUCUCCUUCUCAUAGCUAUUUCUUCCUCCCUUGUCACCAUGGCGAAUAAAUAUGUCUGGAUUUGUGUGUACGCGUUCACUUUUGGUGUUUUUGAUGGAUGCUACGAAAUGCUUGUUCCCGUGAUCACGCGGGAUAUCGCAGGCCCUCAAAGAGUAGCGCAUGCCAUCGGUUUGCUUUACUGUAUGAUGGCGUUUCCAAAAACGCUCGGCCCACCAAUUGCUGGUUGGCUUUUCGACUUGUCCAAUGACUACAGUGUUUCUUUUUACGUCACUAGCGCUGUAACCAUUAUUGCAACAGCCGUCAUGUUCCUUCUCAAUUGGGUUCCACUCCACAAAGAUCGCUUAGAGAUGGAAGUAAAUGAAAUGCACUCUCUGAAAAUUACAAACGGGCCUUCUCACGAAAGCGUUUGCGAUGGCUUUGGGAUAAACUUAAGAUCAGAAGCCGACGACUUCGUAACUCGCAGGUGGCUGCCAAUUUACUGGGUUGAAAGUCGCGGAGAAUACGAAUAUCGCGAAAAGCUGACAGUGCUGUGACCAGAUUUAGUUGCAGGGAGAGUUUCCGGGGAGGAAAGGUGGUGUUUAUGGACUAGUCGUCCAAAGAGCUCUCUACCGAUCAACCAGCAAAUUUAGCUCAAAACAUUCAGACACGUUUUAAGUUUAUCUUUCUUUUAAUUUUUUCUUCGCUGUUAAGAAAUAUCGUCGCUUCGACACUGAAACGAGGUUUUAAGUUUAAACCGUGUAUGAUACUGUUUUCGAGUUUAGAAACGAGUCGCAAAAACAAAAUUGAAAAGGUGUUAAAAGCAAGCUGACGGAUUAUUUCGCUGACUUUCUGGCUGUUCGUGCAGGCACGUGACCCAGUACAUGCUUGAGAACAGUCUGAGAACAAGAAAGAAAAAUAUAGAUAAAUAAAAAUCUUACCACAUUUUUUUUAAAUCGCGGGCUCACGUGGUUUCAGAUAGGUUUCUUACAACACUGGAGGUGAAUUUUCAUUACACCUUUUUACUUAUGAGCUCCAAUGAAAGAUGGUUAUUAAAAAUUAAAAUAAACUUGAAUAAGUAAA